AUGGUUAGUGGUGUAGACAUUUCCGAAGCUUUACAACAUGUCACCGAUGUUAUAAUGAACGCCGCUAAUAGAAGUAUCCCAAAAAGUUCACCACGUCUACGACGAUUUCGUAAACCGUGGUGGAAUGACGCAUGUCGCGACAGUUAUAAAAAACAGAAAAAGUGUUGGAACAUUUUCAGGAGGUAUCCAACGACAGAAAACCUUCUUGCCUUUAAACGUGCCAAAGCCUAUGCUCGACGCAUUCGUCGCCGUAGUCAGAGGGAAUCUUGGAAGUCCUUUGUUUCCUCUAUCACACUCUGUAUUUCCAGUAAGAUUAUGUGGAAAAAAGUCAAUGCCGCAAAUGGGAUUUAUCGGGAAUCGUACUUUCCUGUAUUAAAAAUUGGAAAUGUAACGUAUUCUGCCCCAUUAGACAUAGCUAAUAUUCUCGGCAAAGCUUUUGAACAAGUUUCCGCAAUUGAAUCUUACAACCCUGAUUUUCUGACGAUUAAGAAACGUGCGGAACGUUUGCCCUUGCGGUUCCAAGACAAGAAUACUUUCCCAUAUAACUCUGAAUUUCAGAUGUUUGAGCUAGAAACGGCCUUGUCUCAAGUCCAUGAUACCAGUCCAGGGCCAAUUGCUUUAACCAGUUGCGUGUGCAAAACUCUAGAGCGCAUGGUGAAUGCCCGCCUCAUCUAUGAAUUAGAGAAACAAAGAAUCCUUUCUCCGUUGCAAAGCGGUUUCUGUCGAGGGCGUUCUACUUUUGAUAACCUCAUUCUUUUGGAAACCCAAAUACGCAACGCAUUUGUAAGGAGAAAUCACCUAGUCUCUAUUUUCUUUGAUAUCGAAAAGGCAUACGAUCAUGCAUGGCGCUAUGGCAUACUUUCUACUCUUCAUAAAUAUGGUUUUAGAGGACAUUUGCCUAUAUUUUUAUCUAAAUUUUUAUCCUAUCGUACUUUUCGAGUUCGUGUUGCAAAUUUCUAUUCUGAUGCUUUUAUCCAAGCUGAGGGUGUUCCUCAGGGAAGUGUCCUUAGUGUCACGCUUUUUAUAGUACAUCUAAGCCAAAUUUUGAAUCAUUUGCCACAAUCUGUUCAUGGAAGCCUAUAUGUUGAUGACUUGCAGAUAUCAUGUCAAGGAAGCAAUAUGAGUCUCAUUGAGCGACAGCUACAAAAUGCUGUUAAUAAACUGGUAGUUUGGUGCAAUAAUAACGGGCAUACAAUUUCUCCGGAUAAGAGUAGAUGCGUACACUUUUGCCGGAAGAGAACUAUGCAUUUAGAUCCUGUUAUUCACAUACAAAAUAUACCUAUUCCAGUUGUGGAUGAAAUACGGUUUUUGGGAGUGAUUUUCGAUCGCAGACUCACUUUCCUUCCGCAUGUCCUUCAACUGCGAAAGAAGUGCGAGAAGGCCUUAAAUAUUUUGAAGGUACUCUCUAGAACAUCUUGGGGGGCCGAUCGAACCUCCUUACUCCGUAUAUAUGAAGCAAUCGUACUUUCCCGCAUAGAUUAUGGGUGUAUGGUAUAUGGUUCUGCUCGAGAUUCCAUUUUGCGGCGACUGGAUACUGUGCACCACUCUGCUCUGCGAAUCUGCUCAGGAGCAUUUCGCACUACUCCAGUUGAAAGCCUUUACGUUAUUUGUCACCAAUUACCCCUUAACUUAAGACGUAAAAAAUUGUCAGUUUUCUAUCAUUUUCGAGCUAUAUCUCAACCAGGACAUCCCGUAUCUGAAAUUAUACUUCCAGUUGGCCUGCGCAGAUUAUAUAAUGCCCGUCCAUAUCAUAUCCCCCCGUUCUGUGAGCGAGCCAAAAGUCUUGUGCAUGGCUCGAACCUUGAUAAUAUCAUUAUUAAAUCAGCUGAUAUUCUAUGCUUUCCGCCCUGGGACACUCCACAAUUUUCCUAUUUAAAUCCCUUUCUUGGAUUUGAUAAAUUAUCAACAGCUCCGAUUAUUUUCCAACAGCUUUAUCUCUACCAUCGCAAUCGGUUCUCUUCAUUUAUACCAAUUUUCACGGAUGGAUCAAAAUCAGAUGACCAUGUUGGUUGUGGAAUCGUAUUUCCAUAUGAUACACUCAGCUACCGUCUUCAUAAUUGUUGCUCAGUAUUUACGGCUGAGUUGAUGGGUAUUUUCUGUGCUGUACAGAAAAUUUUACUCUCUCCUCAUAGAAAAUUCAUUAUUUAUACAGAUAGCAUGAGUGCGUUGGAAGCACUAUCUCAUUAUCAUAAUCGGAUGCACCCGAUAGUUAUACAAAUUCUAUUCACUUUGCAUCUCCUGCAAAAGAAGGAUUUUACAGUCAAUUUUUGCUGGAUCCCUAGUCACAUUGGCAUUUCUGGAAACGAAAUGGCAGAUUCAGCGGCAAAAUCAGCAACGAACCUUUUGUCUCGGGGACUUCCUUAUUGUGAUAUCAAAAAGUUCUUCGCGAAACACAUUUUCGCUACUUGGCAAUUAACGUGGGACCUGCGGACACAAAAUAAACUGCAUUCCAUCAAACCAACUAUUGGAUUGUGGUAUUCAGACGCCUCAAAUCACAAAGAAAUUAAACUUAUUCCUUUACUUGUCAGAUAUUUUUCAUACAAGAAUGGAAUACAAGUAAAAAUUAUUGAAGUAAAGGAUUUGCCAGGAGAAACGUCUGACAUAGUUACCGAAUAUAUUGUAGAGGUCUUAAAAAAACAUAAUUUAGAAAGCAAGAUAUUAGGGUUUUGUGCCGACAACACCAACACUAACUUUGGAGGCAUGCGAAGAGCAGGGAAAAAUAAUAUUUUUACCAAGAUGGGAAAACAGUCGCUAUCGAGCAAGUCAGUUCCCACUCUAAAAUUAAAGUACGGAGCUAGAGAAGGUGAGCCCCUGAGGGGUGCUACUUUGGACGGACGGGAGUUUGUGGGAAUUGGUUGCUCAGCGCAUAUUUUAAACAAUUCUAUACAAACCUCGGCGGACUGCCUUCCAAUUGAUAUACAAACUUUAAUUACCAAGAUUUACUCUUACUUUUACAUUUAUACUGUGAGCGUCAGUGAAUUAAAAGAAUUUUGUAAUUUUGUAGACAUAGAAUAUUAAAAACCUUUGGGUUACAAAAAAACUCCGACAAUUAUUAAAAAUUAUUUUGAGAAUCCUGAAACCGAAUCUUGGCUUUUCUUUCUCCAUAAUGUGUCGUCAAUGUUUCAUAGCACGGUUUUAAAGAUAAGUCCUUCUAACAUUCACGCUGCCCUCGGUACGAUUUUCUGUGAAAGCAGAGAAGAUCUAAAAUAUCCAACUCAAAGAGUAUCUUUUCCAAACAAGUUUGGGUGGGUCAUGAACCCCACUAAACCCCCUCUCGUGAUGUACAAAGACAGUGUCGGUUUUCGGAAAAGAGUAAGGGAAAGUUUUAUUGGGGCCAGUUCGGUGGGUCGGUUGACCUUCUGA